GGUAACAUACUGCUUAUUUCUUUUUGUCUCUGCGUAGCUUAUAUGCAAACAUUUUAUUUCUUGCAUGACAGGUUUAAUAAGGUCACAAUAUGGCCUGUGUAAAAGGGAAAUUUGUAGAUUUUGCUAAAUUAUGAUAAUUUUUACACAUGCAGCAGCGGGCUUAAUGAAUUAACAGGAAGUGAAGUCAAUCUCAAAAAAAGAAAAAAAAAACACUCACACACACACACACAGGGGCACGGGGCUGGAUUUCAUGUCGCAGCUGUUCUGUUCCUGUAGAAAAAAGGUAAAAGGACGAAGCUCAGGGACGCGCUUCCUUGCUGCGCUCCAACACCUCAGACCACGUGACCAGCAGGCGCACAAAGCGGAGCCUUAUAAACCGCCCGCUUCCACAGAACACACAGACUCACUCACACAUUCACACACACACACACACACACCCAACAACACACCACCGGCUGCCUGCCUUGGCUUUACUGUAGUUGUGACAGUGACAGUAUCUGGGGAGUCAUCAGGGGAUGAUAAUUCCCCCCGGAAAAAUCUAUCAAAACAACAACAACAACUGUAAUUUCUCACUGGCUUCCAGUUGUUUUUUUUUUUUUGGAGUUACUGUAACUGUGGGUGAAGAGUGAAGACAACAACAACACCAGACCGGUUCACUCCCAGUGUAGUAGAAUUGUUUGUAGCGUCAUGGAUCAAUGCGAGGCGUUUGAGCUGAGAAAACCAAGAUGUCCCUUUGCAUCGCUCUAACGCUGUUUCACCACACACCACUCCACUGAGCAUCUCUACAUCCUCAAACCAGCCAUGAAGGUGGCUUUGCACAGGAUAGCAGGCGCCACGAUGAGCACGCUGACAACAGGUGUCCAGUAUCUGGGCUCCAACGACGCCAGCUACAACGACCCCUCCUUGGACUCGAGCAUCGUCAAGAACAAGUUCCACUUCGAGAAGCCCCACUCCGCCUCGAUCAGCAACCCCCUCACUGGACUCAUCCCCGGGAAUAAGGAGGUCAUUUACAAUGGCCUCUCUCCCAUUUUACCCACCAACAUAUCAGACAUCCUGCUGGGCAAUGGCACCUCUGUGGAGAGUGGAGGAGGAGCACAGUGUGGGGAAAACUUUGUGGACAACAUGGAGUGUUUUAUGAUUCUGACGCCCGGUCAGCAGCUCGCGGUUGCCAUCUUGGCGCUCACCCUGGGUACGUUUACAGUGCUGGAGAACCUCAUGGUGCUGUGUGUGAUCCUUCACUCUCAGACGCUUCGGUCUCGGCCCUCCUACCACUUCAUAGGCAGCCUGGCUGUGGCUGAUCUGAUAGGAAGCAUCAUUUUCGUCUACAGCUUCCUGGAUUUCCACGUCCUCCACAGGAAGGACAGCCCAAAUAUUUUCCUCUUCAAGCUGGCUGGGGUCAUCGCCUCCUUCACAGCCUCUGUAGGAAGUCUGUUUCUCACUGCCAUUGACCGCUACAUCUCCAUCCACAGGCCCAUGGCAUACAAACGCAUCGUCACAAAGACUAAAGCGGUCAUCGCCUUUAGCAUGAUGUGGACAAUCUCCAUCGUCAUCUCACUGCUGCCACUGCUGGGCUGGAACUGCAAGCGUCUCAACUCUGUCUGCUCGGACAUCUUCCCGCUAAUCGACCAGAAGUACCUGAUGUUCUGGAUUGGGAUGACAAGCAUCUUGGUCCUGUUCAUCAUCUACGCCUACAUGUUCAUCCUCUGGAAGUCCCACCACCACGCUGUCCGCAUGCUGAGCCGCAGCUCCCAGAGGAGCGUGAUUGUCUACACUGCAGAAGGGACUAAAGUCCAGACGGUCAGACCUGAGCAGGCCCGGAUGGACCUCCGCCUGGCAAAAACCCUGGUUCUGAUCCUGGUGGCCCUCAUCAUCUGCUGGGGCCCACUCCUAGCCAUCAUGGUUUACGACCUCUUUGGCAAGGUGAACGACUUCAUCAAGACCGUGUUCGCCUUUUGCAGCAUGCUGUGCCUGCUCAACUCCACUGUGAACCCUGUGAUCUACGCAAUGAGGAGCAAGGACCUGCGCAGGGCCUUCCUCAACAUCUGCCAAGUGUGCCGAGGAACGACGCAGACUCUGGACAACAGCGCAGAGAGUGACUGGAACAGCAGGAGUGUGAGAGGAACAGCAGGCGGGGCGGGGAAAAACGGAGCCGGCUGUGGAAACACCCGUGUGAAAGUAGCCCAGGUUACCGUUUCUGGAGUGACUGAGACUUCUACUGCAGAGCCAGUUUAAGAGAGGAGUCUUUACUGGUGCAACUAUGAAGCAAAGAUAUUGUAAAAUAGCCCUGACCCACCUAGUUCACUCGCUCUGUGACUGUGAAAUGUGCCAAAACAUGACUUAGAAACAUACCUGACGACAAGUUUUUAUUGCUUUAAAGCUGAAAUCUGUGAUAAUAAAAUAUCAUCUUUACUAUGUUAUUGAGAAAUGGUUUGUUAGGUUGCACAAAUCUGAUUGGAAAUGCCAAUUUGAUCUCAUUGGUUCAGUAAAUAAUAUAGUCAUAUUCUCCACAACCUGCUCAAACGUGUCUUUCCCUGCAACAAGUGUUACAAACACAACAAGCUUUGUCAUCUUUGCUGUAGUUUAAAUGUGCUCGUUUCAGCUUUAAGGUUGAAAAAUAUGGAAUUUUCUUUUGUUUUUUCAGUUUUAGUUCACAUUACAUCAUAGCAAUAUUGUGGCAGUAAUGCAGUAAAGGUGAAACUUUGUCUACCUUCAUGCAACAUGUCAGUUCUGAAUGACAGCAUACUGCUUGUGCGUAAACUUAAGAGUCUCAUUAGUGAUCAAGCUCCUUAUGACUUUGUAAGACCAUGAUAUUGUGAAAUUUGACAGUUAUCCUAUUCUGUUGAAUUUUACUUUAUUUAUUUAUUUAUUUUCACUGUGCUUUGCAAAGCAAAAUGGCGAGUCAUACAUUGAAAUAUGAGUGGCUUUUUGAUCAGAUCAGAACUUAAGUCUGCAGUGAUUUGGUCAUGUUACAUAGCUGCUUAUUACACGUGUGCUUAUAAAACAGUUAAAGCGUUUUGUGAGAAGCUACACUGCCAUAUUCCUGUGAAGCAUCCAUUGUGCCAUCGUGCUCCAUAACAGUGUGUAUAAGACAGAACAUGAGUUCAAUAAAUGUCUUUUUGUUAGUUUGUCUAUUUUUAUCAUAAUUUUUGUUGACAUAACUGGUAUCUUUUUUCAAUAAAAAAAACUAAAUCCUAGCGAACAGCACAUCAGCACUAGCUGCUAAUUUACUGCACAUGAAAUAUGUUUUUUUUAAACAAGUUUUAAAAAAUAUGUGCUAAUAUGAGUGUUUAUAGCUGUGAUCCCUACGCAUUGUCUACCUGUGACCUCUUGUCAUAGACUGGUCUCAAUAAUGUGUUUAAUUUGGGGAUUUUGGGCCUUAAAAUAUUAAAAUAUUGAGGUUUCUACAAUGAAGGAGCAAAAGAAUUGGAAAUUAGAAUUGAAACUAAUUUUGUGUAGCAGAAAUAUGGCAAUAUAUUCCGUUCUUAUCCCCUUAAUCAUCUUGUGAGUCUUUGCAAGGCACUAGAUUUUAGAGGUAAGGAAACCUGUGUUUUUUGUGUGACACUGCCCUCCUGUGGUAACAAAGAGACACUGUCUUUAUUAGCCCUCAUGUACUGUUCAUACUGAUGAAUGGAGUUGCAGUUCAGCAAAUACGACAAUGAGGCUGUAUUUUAACCAAAUUAAAUUCAAACUGAGAAUUUCGCACGAAGUAGGUCCAACCACGACGACCUCAAAUUUACAUUUCUCAAAUUUUACUGUUUCACUGCAUGACCCAGAAUGCAAUGCAGCGCAUUUCACACGUGACGUCACGAACCGGAGAAGCCGACAGCCUCAUAUCAAAAACAAGCAGCUAAGUUGCGUUAGCUAGCCCCGCUAUCUAACAGCAGACAGUUGGCCCGCAGCUGGCUGAUCGUCACGGCAACUUUUGGGAAGCAACUUUUAGAACAAGACGAGUUGUUGAACGCAGUUUGACAGGUCGACUUUCCUUCCCCAAAAG